AUGCGUGGAAGGGCCAGGGUCUUCUACGCUAACCUCUUCUCCCCGGAUCCGACCAAUGCCAAUGCUUACCAGGAGAAGGCAUUUGACAGGAUGGACCAUGGGUAUCUCCUGGGCACUCUGCGGGCAUUCGGGUUCGGGCCCCAGUUCGUGGGCUUUCUCCAGGUGCUGUACGCCUCCACGGAGUGCUUGGUCAGGCUCAACUGGACCCUGACCGAACCGCCCAGUGAGGGGCUGGAUCAGAACCUGCUGGAGAAACAACUGAUUGAGCUGCACCAGCAGAACCAGCAGCUGCUGGAGGAGAAGAAGGAGAUGGAACAGAAGCUUCGGGCAGAGAUCCUGCAGCUAAAGGAACAUAUUGCCAGCAUUGUCCAAGCUAACAUCCGCAUGGCAGAGGAGCUGAAACAGUACCGAACCUCAGAUGACCUGGAGAAGAAAGUCAGCAAGAUGGUUGUGCAGAUGGAGUGGCAGCACCGGGAAUUGCUGCGGAUGCAGGUGGCAGCCCUGCGGAAGGAGUUUGCCCAGAAAGAGAGUCGGCUGACAAACGGCAAAUCCACACCUCCAGCAGACACUGCCCUGGAAACCAGGGAGCCGGCUGUGACCUCCUCCAUGCACACGCUUCUGGCCAACGCUGCCCUGGCCUCCCGGUUCACCCUGCCCAACAGUCUGGUGGGUCCCCAGGACACUGCGACGCCCAGGCCGUUAGACAUUAGCACUGGGGAUGUCAUUUCCUUCAUUGAGCCGCCAGAAAGCUUACCUGGCACUGGGGGCAACAGCCUGGAAAAGCUGGAGAUCGUGGAGCUGCACCUGGACACGAAACCGAGCAUAGCGAACCAGGAAGCUGGCUCCCCACCAGCUCACGUCCAGCUCCUACCCACUGGCGAAAUGAACGAACCCAUGGGACUGCUGCCUUCACCGGGCGGAGAGAAGCGGCUGGCACAGCACAUGUUGGCAAGAGAAACCAAAGCCAAACAGCAGCGGACAGUCUGAUCCCACGCGGGGAGCUUACACCACACAAGCCCUGACAAACCUCUCUCUUCCUAAGCCAGUAGCCAAACAAACUUGCCAGUUCCCUGUUUUGUAGCCAGUGCUUUAAACUGAUAGUUAUACAUGGUGCUGUCAGUUAUUAA